AAGAGUUUGAGCGACCUGGGUGAUUCUGAGUGCAUCAGUCAGGGAGGCCCCCUUGAGGAGGCUGAGGCUCCAACGUGUGGCCAUCACAACAUAGAAAGCUAUUUCUAGGGUCGGGCCUGGGACUCUGGAGCUGACCCGGCUGGGGUCCCCACUGGUUCUGGAGGAUGAGGCUCCUCCGCAGACGCCACAUGCCCCUGCGCCUGGCCAUGGUGGGCAGCGCCUUCGUGCUCUUCCUAUUUGUCCUGCAGAGAGAUGUAAAUAGCAGGGAGCAGGCCACGGAGAAGCCAUGGCUGAAGUCCCUGGUGAGCCAGAAAGAUCAUGUCCUGGACCUCAUGGUGGAGGCUGUGAACAACAUUAGAGAUUCAAUGCCCAAGCUCCAAAUCAGGGCUCCAGAAUCUCAGCAGACUCUUGUCUCUGCAAACCAGUCCUGCCUCCCUGGGUUCUAUACCCCAGCUGAGCUCAAGCCCUUCUGGGAACGGCCACCUCAAGACCCCAAUGGCCCCGGGGCAAAUGGGAAAGCAUUUCAGAAGAGUGAGUGGACCCCCCAGGAGACCCAGGAAAAGGAAGAGGGCUAUAAGAAGCACUGCUUCAAUGCCUUUGCCAGUGAUCGGAUCUCCCUGCAGAGAGCCCUGGGGCCAGACACCAGACCUCCUGAGUGUGUGGACCGGAAGUUCCGGCGUUGUCCGGCCCUGCCCACCACCAGUGUCAUCAUUGUGUUCCACAACGAAGCCUGGUCCACCCUGCUGCGAACAGUGUACAGCGUCCUACACACCACCCCUGCCAUCUUACUGAAGGAGAUCAUAUUGGUGGAUGAUGCCAGCACUGAGGAGUACUUAAAAGAGAAGUUGGAGCAGUACGUGCAGCAGCUGCAGGUGGUAAGGGUGGUGCGGCAGGUGGAGCGGAAGGGGCUGAUCACUGCCCGGCUGCUGGGGGCCAGCGUGGCCCAGGCGGAAGUGCUCACGUUCCUGGAUGCCCACUGUGAGUGCUUCCAUGGCUGGCUGGAGCCCCUCCUGGCUCGGAUCGCUGAGGACAAGACAGUGGUAGUGAGCCCAGACAUCGUCACCAUUGACCUUAACACUUUUGAGUUCUCCAAGCCCAUCCCAAGGGGCAGAGUGCAUAGCCGUGGCAACUUUGACUGGAGCCUAACCUUUGGCUGGGAAACUCUACCUACACAUGAGAAGCAGAGGCGUAAGGAUGAGACCUACCCCAUCAAAUCCCCGACGUUUGCUGGUGGCCUCUUCUCCAUCUCCAAGUCCUACUUUGAGCACAUCGGUACCUAUGAUAAUCAGAUGGAGAUCUGGGGAGGGGAGAACGUGGAAAUGUCCUUCCGGGUGUGGCAGUGUGGGGGCCAAAUGGAGAUCAUCCCAUGCUCUGUGGUAGGCCACGUGUUCCGUACCAAGAGCCCCCACACCUUCCCCAAGGGUACCAGUGUCAUUGCUCGCAAUCAAGUGCGCCUGGCUGAGGUCUGGAUGGACAGCUACAAGAUGAUUUUCUACAGAAGAAAUCAGCAAGCAGCAAAAAUGGCCCAAGAGAAAUCCUUUGGUGACAUUUCUGAGCGACUGCAGCUAAGGGAACGACUACAUUGUCGCAACUUUUCCUGGUUCCUGAACAAUGUCUACCCAGAGAUGUUUGUUCCUGACCUGAUGCCCACCUUCUACGGAGCUAUCAAGAACCUUGGCAUCAACCAAUGCUUGGAUGUGGGUGAGAACAACCACGGAGAGAAGCCCCUCAUCAUGUACUCCUGCCACGGCCUUGGUGGCAACCAGUACUUUGAGUAUACAACCCAGAGGGACCUUCGCCACAACAUAGCAAAGCAGCUGUGUCUACAUGCCAGCGUGGACACUUUGGGCCUUAGGAGCUGUCACUUCACUGGCAAAAAUAGCCAGGUCCCCAAGGACGAGGAAUGGGAAUUGACCCAGGAUCAACUCUUCAGGAACUCAGGAUCUGGUACCUGCCUGACAUCCCUGGAUAAUAAGCCAGCCAUGGCCCCCUGCAAUCCCAGUGACCCCCACCAGCUAUGGCUUUUUGUCUAGGACCAAGGUCAUCCCCGAAGGAAGCCCUCACAAGCCUCUCAGGAAACAGGAUUGCUGCUGUCUAGGAACCUGAUUGCCAGUUUUGCUGUAGGACUUAAAGAUGGGUUUCUAAACCCAAUGGAUGUCAAGACAGAACUUUCCUGCUCCUUGGAACAACAGUGGACUCUUUUCUUUCUUCCACACUGAUGGAAGAGACCAUUAGCACAAAUGAUGCUUGGCCUAGGGCUUUCCCUCUGUCCUGGCCUCCAAAGCAGAGGAGGCAGCUGGAGGAGGGCCCAGAGCAGCAAUGCUGAGCUCAAGAAAAGUACUUUUGUAGACACGUCCUGAAUCCUUGGUCAUCCAGAGCCACUGCAGAAUCUAGGGAAAUGGUGUAUUCUAACUGAAUAAUUAGAGGUCCAGGAGAGCCUGUCUCGCUAAUAUUACCCAAAAUUUGUAGAACUGUUUAAAGAAAGCUCCCUAACAGGGGUUCUUUAGCUGCACAAUAAUCCUGUGAGAAAGACAGGUCAAGAACCACUGUGCCCAU